GGCCGGGGAAAGAGCGGGAGGGCGGGCGGUGUAGGCAACCGGGCGGUGGGAGUGCGGCCAGCGGAGCGGACGGGCCGAGCAGGAGCGCGGCCAGGAGACGGGGCAGGCGGCCUCAGCGGGAGCAUCUGCACGAUCCCCGCGCCCAGACUUCGCAGGAAUCCCCAACGCGCGCCGGGCCGAGCCCGCCCAUGAAGCCGCCCGCGGCACAGGGCAGCCCCGCGGCCGCCGCGGCCGCAGCCCCGGCCUUGGACUCGGCUGCCGCCGGGGACCUGACGGACGCGCUGUGCGAGUUUGACGCGGUGCUGGCCGACUUCGCGUCCCCGUUCCACGAGCGCCACUUCCACUACGAGGAGCACCUGGAGCGCAUGAAACGGCGGAGCAGCGCCAGUGUCAGCGACAGCAGCGGCUUCAGCGACUCGGAGAGUGCAGAUUCGCUUUAUAGGAACAGCUUCAGCUUCAGUGAUGAGAAACUGAAUUCUCCCACAGACAGGACUCCGGCGCUUCUCUCUCCCACGGUCCCUCCUCGGAAAGCCAAACUCGGAGACACGAAAGAGCUGGAAGACUUUAUUGCUGAUCUUGACAGAACAUUAGCAAGUAUGUGAAACAAGAAGGUCUGGGUCUUUUCAUCAUAAAAGAGAAGCUUCCGAGAGCUCUGAGGACCUGAUAAAAUCAGCUACAGAAUUCACAGGUGGAAGGGACAGAGAGGCUGCACACCCACCACCAGGCCAUGCUCAGGCCGAAAAAUGCCUUUGGGCUCCUCUCCGGGCAAGUUAGAAACUGUGUUGCCCUGCUUGCAGCGAAUUAGAACAGACAACUCAUGCUAAUAUUGUAUUUUCUCUUAAAACGUAGCGUUCUGUAAUUUAAAAUGCUUUGAUGAAAAUAUUUGUAAUUAAUUAUAUAUAGUUGAAAACAGUAAUAUGCUUUUCCCAUUAUAAUAUAUUUUUGUAUGCAAAUAAAAUUUGAACUGGAGUCUA